AUGGCCGAGAAGCAAGCAGUAGGCUCCAUAAACUCGAGAGAGGGAGAAACACUCAAGUACACAUACCCUCCAGAAACCAAGGCGGACCUGGACUAUGCAGACCUCGUGGCAUUGGACCUUUCUUUGUUUGACUCCCCUAGGGGGGUUGAACGGCUGGCCGAUCAACUGAAGAACGCCGUCGAGAACACCGGGUUCUUUUAUAUCACCAACUUUGGACUCUCCCAGGCAGAGAUCGACCACCAGUUUGCGAUUGCCAAGGAGGUCUUUGAUCUACCUCUGUCAGAAAAGCUCAAGUACGAAGCCAAUCUGGAAAUGGAUGGCUACGUUGGCUAUAGGCCUUCGGGAAAUCGUGAACUUGUACCGGGAGUUUUUGACAACAUUGAGGUAUAUGGCUUUGACCAGUUCAAUUCCUAUCGGAGGCGUCGAGAGCUACCUCCUGUCGUCGAACAGAACCUUUCCAGUAUAGAAAAAGUAUCGCGACAUCUUCACAUCGAAGUCGGGGGCAAGUUGCUGCGCUUGAUCUCGAUCGUGCUCGGGCUCCCGGAGGACUACUUUCUUUCGAGACAUCGCUACGACCACAAAGGGGGUUGCAAUUUGAGAUACCUCAAGUAUGGGGCGAGAUCGGCCGAGGAAGUGGAGAAGCUUGGUGAGACGCCCUCCGUUCGUGGCCACACUGACUUCGGCACGUUGACGUUCCUUCUCCGGCAACCGGUGGCGGGGCUCCAGGUCAACACACCAGACGGGCAAUGGAAGUAUGUCAAAGCUCACCCGGCAAGUAUUACCGUCAAUGUUGCGGACAUGAUGGAUUUUGUCACUGGGGGCUACCUCAGGAGCAGCGUCCACAGGGUGCUGUCACCGCCCGCGGAUCAGGCACGCCUGGACAGAAUAGGGGUGGUGUACUUCUUGCGAUACGAAGACGACGUGGCGUUACGCCGAGUCGAUAGUCCCAUCCUGAAGGACUGGGGCUCCAGGUCUCGGCUGGGCGAGGCGAGUGGAAUCACAGCCGGAGAAUGGGUCAAGGCACGAACAAGUGACAACGCCAAAAUGACGGCCAUCUACCUCAAUCACGAGCCCCAGGUCGCGGGUGGUAUCAAGGUCAAGAACUACGCGUGA